AUGCACAAUCGAAAUAUUGAAGGGGGGAAAAGUUUGAAGCAAGAAGAACAAAAAUGUUCAAGAGAUAGAAACGAGAUAAUAAACAACAGCAAUCAGUUGAGUAAAAACGAAACAUCUACACUUCAAAUGAUUUUAGUCGUCGUGAAAAGCAAGGAAUUUUCUCAUUUUCUUUUAUCUUUAUCAUCGAAAAUUAUUGAUCAAAGUUCUCAUAAGCUCAACUGA